AUGCCGACUCUAAAUACAGUCCCCCGAAAGAAGUGGUGGAAGAUUCAAUGGUACUCCGACGAUGACACGCCCGAAGAACGCAAGCUCAUUAUGAAGCUUGAUAUGAUUGUGGUUCCGUACGCUGUUCUCAGCUACUGGGUCAAGUACAUUGACCAGGCCAACCUUAACAAUGCCUACGUCGGAGGUAUGAAAGAAGAGCUCGGCUUCCAAGGUAACGAGCUGGUUGAGCUGCAGACCAUGUACACUGUUGGUGCCGUCGUGGGGAUGGUCCCGUUCAUGUUCCUAUUCACCUAUGUUCCUAUGUAUUGGACGAUCCCCGCCAUGGAUAUCCUUUGGGGUAUUUUUACUCUUUUGCAAUACCGCGGACAGACAUUUGGAGAGAUGGCUGCUUACCGCUUCAUGGUCGGCUUUUUUGAGGCUGCAUUCUUCCCUGCCAUGCACUACGUCUUCGGUUCGUGGUACAGAGGGCAUGAAAUUUCUCGAAGGGGUGGCAUCUUUUACACUGGACUCAACCUCGGAACCUUAACAGCAGGUCUCAUCGCUGCUGGCGCCUCUCGUCGCUUGGAAGGCGUCCAUGGUAUGUCCAGCUGGCGAUGGAUGUACAUCAUUUGCGCCAUAAUCACCAUUCCCGUUGGUAUUCUCGGUUAUUUCCUUCUUCCUGGAACCGUUGAUCAGCCUAACCGAUGGGUACUCAACGACCACGACAUCAAAGUUGCCAAAGCCCGCCUCGAGAGAAGUGGUCACGUCACUCGCGGGAAGUUCAAGCUCGGACAUCUUAAGAAGAUCUUCUUGAGUCCGCAAUUCUGGACAGUCGUGCUUGUUGAUGUACUCUUCUGGAAUGCCGGUAUUCACAAGAGCACUGGCAGCUUUCUUCUCUGGAUCAAGAGCUUAGGACGCUACACACCUGCAGAGGUCAACGAGAUGGGAACUAUUGCACCUGCGCUGGGAAUAUUCUAUAACCUGGUAGCAUGCUUCCUGUCAGACCUGGUCUUGGGACCCGCCUGGGCUAUCACAUUUUCAUCGUUAUGGAACAUAACGGGUCUAAUCAUUCUCGUCAAAUGGGACGCACCCGAAAGCGCAAAGUGGUUCGCGUUCGCCACAAUGUACUGGUCUAACGCGCUAUCAAGUGUGUUACACGGCUGGGUUAAUACCAUUCUUCGAGACUCGCCAGAACAGCGGUCCUUCACCCUCGUCACGAUUACAAUCAUUGCUCAAUCAUCCACAGCAUGGACGCCUCUAUUGACCUUCCCCACGGUCGAGUCGCCGAGAUACCCCAAAGGAUUUUCCUUCUGCCUUGGGUGCGCUAUAUCGCUCAUCAUUGCAACGCAUGUUCUCAACGUCUACAUCAAACGCAAAGAAAAAGCGAAACUGGCGCAUCUCGAAAGCGAAAGUGACCGUGAAGGCAGCUAUGGUCAUUCGCCUGAGGCCGAGGCCGCCACAGGCAAGAAAGUGAACCCUACAGUUACAACGGCAGUCAAUACCUCUGAAGAGUCUAUCGCUCAUCGAUAA